UCAGACAAGUCGGUCCACCAGUUCAAUUUUUCCUCUUUUAAUUUUUCUUCAUCUUCUCUCAUUCAUUCCAAUUAUUAUUUACUUUUUUUUCACCCAAUCCCUUUAAAAAAAAAAAAAAAAACAUGCAUUCAGUUCCGGUGAUCCUCACCCUCACAGUACUUACGGUGCUCUUAACAUCACCGGCGCAAGUUAUCGGAUACCGUCCAUACCCACCUAAAACCAACGGCUCCGAUCAAAUCUUCGGCUCUUCUAAAAAAUUCGAAGGCUCAUCAAACCUCGUUCGCCUCCGUUACCACAUGGGUCCUGUCCUAACCAACAACAUCACCGUCCACCCAAUCUGGUACGGCACGUGGCAAAAAUCCCAGAAAAAAAUCAUCCGCGAGUUCAUCAACUCUAUCUCAGCCGUUGGAUCCAAACACCCUUCUGUCUCCGGUUGGUGGAAAACCGUACAGCUUUACACUGACCAAACCGGAUCUAACAUUACCGGUACGGUUCGUCUCGGCGAGGAAAAAAACGACCGGUUUUAUUCUCACGGCAAAUCGUUAACCCGGUUAUCGAUUCAGUCCGUGAUCAAAUCAGCCGUCGGUUCUAGAUAUCGGCCGUUGCCGGUUAAUCCCAAAAGCGGUUUGUAUCUUCUCCUCACCGCCGAUGAUGUCUACGUCCAAGAUUUUUGCGGCCAGGUCUGUGGAUUCCACUACUUCACGUUCCCGUCGAUCGUCGGAUUCACGUUACCGUACGCUUGGGUUGGGAACUCGGCGAAGCUUUGUCCCGGAGUCUGUGCUUAUCCGUUCGCCGUACCGGAGUAUAUACCGGGAUUAAAACCGGUUAAAUCGCCGAACGGUGAUAUCGGAGUAGAUGGGAUGAUAAGUGUGAUUGCUCACGAGAUUGCUGAACUGGCGACGAACCCUUUGGUUAACGCUUGGUACGCAGGACCCGACCCGGUGGCUCCGGUCGAGAUAGCGGAUCUUUGUGAGGGUAUUUAUGGAACAGGAGGUGGUGGUUCGUACACAGGACAGAUGUUGAACGAUCAUCGUGGUGCCACGUAUAAUGUAAAUGGGAUCCGACGGCGGUAUUUGAUCCAGUGGUUAUGGAGCCACGUGGUUAGUUACUGUACCGGACCCAAUGCGCUUGAUUAGUAGCGAGAGUGAAGUGAAAUGGUUUGGUUUGUGUUUAAUUUGUAUUUUGGGAAGGGUAAUUUUGUCUUUUUGAAUAUGAGCUCGACGAUGUGGGAAAAAUAUGAUCAAGAAUGGGAUUUGUGUGUCGAUGCAUUAUUAAAAAAAUUAGUUAAAUGAUAGUGUUAUUUAAGUUGCUUGAUUAUGUGAAAAAGAGUCGCAUAUGUUGCUUACCUUUCUUCUUUUUGUUGAAACAAAUCCAGUCUUAAUGCGAAAUAUAUCUAAAGGCUUAAGUA